AGGUUUGAAAGGCUGACUCCUAUGGCAGAAAGAUGGCUAUGACUUUAAGAGCCACUCGGUUUUCAAUUGGUUUAAAUGGUGCUGUGCUCUGCCCCAAUAGCAUGCUUAACUGUACAAAAAGAUCUACUCCCUCCCCCAUCCUCAGCAUCGCAGUCCAUACAAUGCAUAGAGCUGGGAGAGAAGGAGCUGUGCUCACCCAUUCAUGCACAACGGAUUUAGAUACCUGGUUAAAAGGGAGAUGUGAUCAAUAACAAUUUACAUGGAAUAUUUUAUUCUAAACAUGUUUUCCACGCGUUCUUUUUUUCGGUUUACAGCAAUAUGAGGAAAUUGAAAUUGAAAGAGAGGUCGCGCCUGAGCGAUUGGAGAGGACAAGUGCUAUGGCUGUUCUGUUUCUUUUGGUAUUGGAAUACAAUAGGAGCACAGAUUCGUUACACUGUUCCAGAGGAAUUGAGCGUGGGAUCCGUGGUUGGAAAUAUAGCUAAAGAUCUAAGUUUGGAAGUAACUGAGAUUUCUGAACGUAAGUUGAGGAUAGCCUCCGUGGCUGGUAAGCAGUAUUUCAGUGUGGAUUUGGGUAAGGGCGACGUGGUUGUAAGCGAUAGAAUUGACAGAGAAAGUCUGUGCGGACAAAGCGUCAGUUGUCUCUUACCAUUAGAAGUAAUCAUUGAGAAUCCUCUAAAGCUCCACAGAGUGGAAGUUGAAAUUAAGGAUAUAAAUGACAACGCUCCACAAUUUCAAUCAACAGAUCGCACAUUGAAAAUCGCAGAAUCUACCGCCCCUGGUAUGCGCUUUUCUUUGGAGAGCGCGCAGGAUCCUGACGUUGGCGAUAAUUCUUUAAAAUCUUACACUCUCAGCAAAAACGAACAUUUCAGCUUGAAAGUAAAGGAUAUUGGUGAUGGAAGAAAAGUUCCUGAAUUAGUAUUGGAGAUCGCACUGGACCGAGAAAAUAAGGCAACACACCAGCUGUUGUUUACAGCCUUGGACGGUGGCUCUCCAGCCAGAUCUGGGACCUCUCAGAUAACCGUUAUUGUCCUUGAUAUAAAUGAUAACAACCCCGUAUUCGAAAAAUCGUCAUAUAAAGUUUCUCUAAACGAAAAUACUCCACAAGGCACAUCUUUCCUAAGGGUUGAGGCAAAGGAUUUGGAUGAUGGCCCAAAUGGAGAGAUUGAAUACUCUUUGGGCGAUCAUACUGCACAGUCCAUAAAGGCUUUAUUUGACAUCAAUCCAAAAACGGGGGAGAUGUAUUUAAAUGGUAUCCUGGAUUACGAAAACACUCCCUCAUACAGAAUCGAGAUUAUUGCUAAAGACAAAGGCAUGCCUGAAAUGGAGGGACAGUGUAGCGUCCAGAUUGAUAUCAUAGACGUUAAUGACAACGCUCCCCAAAUUACCCUCACCUCUACACCAAGCCCAGUGCAUGAGGACGCACCCAAGGGGACUGUAGUGGCUUUGAUUAGUGCACAGGAUCCUGACUCUGGGGAAAAUGGAAAAGUGGCAUUACAAAUCCCACCAGGCUAUCCUUUUAAAUUAGAACCUUCUUUUUCCAGUCAUUACACAUUAGUCACCAAUGGUGUUCUGGACAGAGAGAUGUUCCCAGAGUACUGCAUAGAGAUAACAGCAACUGAUUCAGGCUUCUCUCCUCUGAGCAGCAGGAAAACUAUCACAGUACGUAUACUGGAUGUAAAUGAUAAUCCACCCAGGUUUCCAGACAAUGUGUAUACCGUGUAUGUCAAUGAGAAUAACACACCUGGUUCUAUUAUCUGUUCCGUGUCUGCAUCGGACAUGGAUUAUGGAGAUAAUGCUAAGAUCUCCUAUUCUAUAUUAGACUCUAAAGUACAAGACGUGCCUGUCUCCUCCUAUAUUUACAUAAACUCAGAUAACGGCAGCAUCUACAGCAUGCACUCGUUUGACUAUGAGAAACUGAAGGUGUUUCAGAUUCAGGUGCAGGCAAAAGACAACGGCUCUCCGUCUCUGAGCAGCAACGCCACGGUUCAUGUUUUUAUCCUGGACCAGAACGACAAUGCACCCGCUGUCAUUUACCCCUCCUCUGUCAUGGGCUCCCAUCAGAAGAUGCCCCGGUCCGCUAAAGCAGGCCACCUCGCAACUAAGGUAUCGGCAGUGGACGCAGACUCGGGCCAUAACGCCUGGAUUUCCUAUAGGAUUGCAGAGGCCACAGACUCGUCUCUGUUCAGUGUGAAUCUUUACACGGGAGAGGUGAGGACUAAACGUGCUGUUUCAGAGCAGGAUGACUCCUCUCAGAGGCUGCUUAUAGAGAUAAAGGACAAUGGGGAGCCGGUCCAGUCCGCCACAGUCACAGUCAACAUACUGUUAGAGGACGGGCUACACAAACCCAUAUCGGACUACCGCCAGAAAACAGCAGAGCCCAGCAAGAGAAACAGUAAAAUCACCUUUUAUUUGAUAAUCUCUCUGGCCUCAGUGUCCGUCUUGUCUUUGUUGACUUUUCUCAUCUUAGUGGUGAAGUGCGUUAGAAACAGUAUGAGCAGCUCGAGUUGCUGUAUCAGACGGGCUGACUCUGACGGAUACAAGAAUCCCAACAGAAACCUGCAGCUCCAGCUCAACACUGACGGCCCUAUUAAGUAUGUGGAGGUCCUGGGAGGGGACAUGUUGUCUCAGAGUCAGUCCUUCAGGUCGUGUCUCUCUCCAAUGUCAGAGUUCAGUGAUUUCACCCUCGUUAAGCCCAGCAGCACAACUGACUUUAAGGAAAUGAUAAACGUGCUUGACGCAUCUUUACCUGACAGUGCGUGGACUUUCGAGAGCCAACAGCAAAAUCCACCCAACAAUGACUGGCGCUUUAACCAGCAGGGACAGAGACCUGGACCCAGUGGCACGUACAGGUACAGCACCAGCACUCAGCAGAGAUGGACACCGUACGGGAAGGCGAGAGCUGGCCCCCAUCCUGAGGGGGCAGGUGGUGCAGUAGCUGGAACAGGACCCUGGCCCAACCCCCCCACCGAGGCUGAACAGAUCCAGGCUCUGAUGGCUGCUGCCAACGAGGUGAGCGAAGCGACUGCGACCCUUGGCCCCCGCUACAAUGCCCAGUUCGCCAUGCAGCAUGUGCCCGACUACCGCCAGAACGUCUACAUCCCCGGCAGCACGGCCACCCUGACAGCCAACCCCCAGCAGAUGAUGCCCCAGCAGGCCCUGCAGGGCCCGCCUCAGGCUAUGCCCCAGGUCAACGUCCCCAACGCUGCCCAGACCCCCGCCAGCAAGAAGAAGUCCACCAAGAAGGACAAGAAGUAAGCCAAGCUAACACCAGGCCCCAUCGCCACGGAAACCAAGUCCCUGCCCCCCAUACUGCCGAGUGUCCUCCCUCAAUAGAAGCCUUGAUUGUUGUUUUUCUUAUGCCAGUCAAUCUGAUAGUUCAAUCUGAUAGUUCAAUCUGAUAUUCCCAGCAUUGUGGGUUUAGUGAGGAUAUGGCAAAAUAAUGGUAGUGGGCAAUUGCUGUCCUUCUUGCUCCUAUGGUCAUCACAGCUUACUUCAGACAGAGGUUAUUGGUUUGUGGUGUAUGUGGGGUGGGAGGGGGAGGAAGAGAGGGGAAAGGAGAAAGAGGACAUGAGAUGUAUUUUGGAUUCAGAUGGAUUUCAGGUACCUGGAAUUCAUGUAGUGAUCUAGCUUUGUGUCAUAGCAUUCUAAAGAAAAACAAAUCUGAUUGUUUGUUUUCAUUGAAACUUUUGAUGUUUCUCUAAAAUGCCAAGUAGUUGCUUCUUAUGAUGACACGAAUUACACUACCUUUUGGUUUAUUUAGAGAAUUUGCUUUAGACUACACUAUCAUCCAUUAGAAGAAAGAGGCUAGCUCAACUUCAUCACAAAAAUACACAUUACAUGUGAGAAUGCAUACUGUAGCAUUAACAUUUUAAAAUGCCUGGUUAAUUUGAGUUAUAUGACUAGUAAGCAUAAGAACAGAUGCUGAUUUUGUGUUACUUAUAAUGGUGACCAUCAAAGUAUAUCCAGCUUCUUUUUAAAAUCUUGUCCAAGCAGGAUUCUGUGGUAACUUAGAUCAUUUUAUCCACAAUUGUAACCUUUUUCCAUAAUUAUUGGUAGAAUCCUGUACUGCAUUAAAACUAAACUUUGUUUAAAUAAUGUAACAGUGUAAAGGUGAUGGAUCAGUGUUUUAUAAACUUAGAACCAGCAUUAUUUCGAUAUUGUCUCAGCAUUGUUGCAACGUUGUAUUAGCGUUAUGCCGAGCUGGCCCAGUGUUAUUGGCUCUGCACUGUGGCCCUCUCUAAGGCUCAUAGAAAGAGUCCUGUGACCACGACCCCAGGGUUGUGGGUUAAGGUGAGGGUUAGGGUUAGACAGAGUCCUGUGACCCCAGGGUUGUGGGUUAAGGUUAGACAGAGUCUUGUGACCCCAGGGUUGUUGGUUAAGGUUAAGGUUAGGGUUAGACAGAGUCCUGUGACCCCAGGGUAAAGACAUAGGGAGGGGAAAGGGUGGACAGUCUCUGUCCUCUUGCCACAUGUACAGUACCUCUCUGGCUAUGACAGCCUGUAAAUGUGCUCUAAUCACUUCUUCAGUUCUCAGUCUUACUUCCUCAGUUCUCCAAGGAAAACCUUGCCCAGACCACAUGUUCAGUACACUACAACUCCAGGCACUGUAGGAUGUUCUGUAAUGGACAGUUUACAGGAGACUUUGGAGAAGCCUUGUUGUAGCGUUCAGGACAAUAUCAGGACCAUGGACAGAGACCACUUCCCUCUCCUCUCUUAGAAGCAGUCUGGGGCACAGAGAAUGUUGUCAGCCCAUCCUUUACCCUGCCAAAUCCUCAGCUGCACCGACACUCUGCCCCCAUGUAAAUAAGACACAUAGCCAAUCUGUAUGGUGCUGAGAGAGCGACAUCACUCUCUCACCACAGCCACACAGCUGGCUAGUACUGGAAUGUUUUGAAUAUUUUUCAGAAAAUAAUAAAAUAAUAUAAAAAAUAUUUUAAAAAUGAAGUGGUUCAUAUUAAUUGUAGUGGUGUAGUGACUAAGAGUUGAGCUCACUGACUUAACCAAGCUGUAAAUAAAACUAAAACUUUCAAAAGACAGUGUUAGCUAGAGGCUUGUGAAAUUUGUUGUGCAUAUUUCUGUUUUCUCCUAUUGCUUUCUUUCUUUGGUCACACCAAACUUUACAUUUUAACACAACACCUACAUGUCUUUAAAUUGUGAUUCCACUUCCCUGUACCUCUUCCUGUGUUUGUGAUUUUAAUCAAUUGUUUAUGUUACUGGAAUGCCACCCUUGCUCAUAUGAAUAUAAAUAUGUGUCUUCUGCUGGAAUAAUCCUCUUUAUUCUAUUGUAUUAUCUUUGGUAUUAAAAUGCUUAGCGCUUCUCCCUGUUACACUCUUAUUUUAUAUGCUAAUAUUUAUAUCGCUGUUUAUUAGUUUAUGGUUUUUGUUUACUCUCUGCUCACUGACAUUUCAAAAUAAAAAUGUCUUCUGAAAUGA